GGGGGCGGGGGCGGCGCUGAGGGCUCUGUGCGCGUCGGCGGCGCCGCGCUCGGUCCGCGCCGGGACGCGCUCGGGGCGGCCGCGGUUGGUGUGAAGUCCCCUCUGCUGCUGCCCGAGUGUGUUCCUGUGCAGCGUCACCAGCGUGUGGAGCCUGCCCCACACACCCCUCCCCUGCCAAACCACGGCCUUUACCUGCGUGUUCCGGUGUUUCCCGUGCGACCCGUCCUGCGGGAGCGCCUCCUGGGCCACCCCAGAGUUCACCCAGCGCUCCGUGGCUCCAAUGGUGAAGAUGACGAGGUCCAAGACUUUCCAGGCGUAUCUGCCUUCGUGCCACAGGACCUACAGCUGCAUCCACUGCAGGGCCCACCUGGCCAACCACGAUGAGCUCAUCUCCAAGUCCUUCCAAGGAAGCCAAGGACGUGCUUAUCUCUUCAAUUCCGUAGUUAACGUGGGCUGUGGCCCCGCAGAGGAGCGGGUGUUAUUAACGGGAUUACAUGCGGUGGCAGAUAUUUACUGUGAAAACUGCAAAACCACGCUGGGGUGGAAAUAUGAACACGCUUUUGAAAGCAGCCAGAAGUAUAAAGAAGGCAAAUACAUCAUUGAACUAGCUCACAUGAUCAAGGAUAAUGGCUGGGAUUGAGUGGGGGAGCCCAGCCCUAGCAGCGUGUACGACAAUGCCAUCCAACAACCGAACAUUGUACCCGAGAGUGAGAGAGUGACUGAACGCUUGGUUCCAUGCAUUUAGAGGCUCUGCAACCCGGGAGCAUCUUCACACCCUUCUCCAUCUUUAUUGGUGACUGGCCUCUAAAUUCCUGUCUCUCUGUCUCUUUGCUUUGUAUCUGUUUGUGAGUUGACCCUGGCUGCUUCUCUCUCUGUCCCGGCUCGGAGGAUGCACCGAGUGCCGGAGCCAUUCCCUGUGCCCAGUGCUGGAGGAGGAACCGCCCGUGCCCUCUGCGGUGGCGUUUUGACCAUGGAGAGCUCUCGGUGCUGGGGGGAGGACCCAAGGUUUGGGCAGCAGGAGGAGGAGGAGGAGGAGGUCCGAGGGGGUGGGCCCCAAGGGAAUCGUCACAGGUUGACCCUGCACUUCUCCUUUCGGUCCUGGUUAAGCAAGGCUUGAAACUUUCACUCCGUGUCUGAGUGGACAGACCAAAUACCUCACGGCUGCGCCCCCUCCCCGCCCCAACCCGCUGGCUGAGCACAGGUCUGCCCCCACCAGCCACUUGCAAUCUGUGUUGUGUUUGCUGUUUGUGAACUCCUUGUUGGAGGGGGCAGGGCCCGAAGGCUGCAGAGAUUUCCCUGCCUCUCCUGGGUCUCACCAAACCCCCCCGGAGCUGGGCCAUGGGGAGCCCCCUCAGUGGGCUGUGGGGAUGAGCUGUGGGGAGCCCCCUCAGUGGGCUGUGGGGAGCACCCUCAGGGCUCAGGAACCACAUCCUGACUCCUGAGCCCUCAGAGAGGGGGAGAAAACCACUUCAGGCACAAGGAGGCUGGAGCUGCUGCAGCUCAGAAGAUGCAACAGGGGUGAAAAAAAGGCAUAUGUGAGGCAAGAAAGGAAAUUCCCUAGAGGAGGGUGGGGACAGACUUGGUAACAGAGGGUACCCCUUGAUUUCCUGGCCUCCCCUGAGCACCCUUGGGGGUGUUUCACCAACCCUUCACAAGUGCAAGGAGGAAAAUGCUGUUAGAGGAUCUUUUCCUCAAAUCCCAGGCCCCAGCCGAGGUCUCCUUGUGGGAGCCUGGCAGAGAAACGGGGAGAGGAGGGAGCAGAGGACCUGGUGGUUGUAUUGCACAGGUGGAUAUUUCGAGCCAUGAGGUGUCCCCCCCAAAACCUUCCCCCCUUUUCCCGCUCCCAGAAGCCUGUUUGCAGGCACAGGGGGGGAAAUGGGAUAGGAAGAAAAGAACUUAAAAACCUUUCCCCUCCCCCUGAAAUUAUGCCUUGGAGUUUAAAGCAGGGGGUAGAUUGUGGGCAGCAAAACUGCAAGGGGAUGAGUCCCUGCCAUUUGAAUUUUCCCAUUGUGAUUCCUGAGGACCUUCCCGAGGCGGAUGGAAGGGAAGGGGCGUCGUGUGUGAGAGGGAAAGGCAUAAAUGACAAUGUGAAGUUUGCUCUGCAACAGCCCAGCCAGGAACUGGUGCAUAACUCAAGACCGUUGAACUGAAUUAGUUUUUAUCUCUCUGAGUGAAUUUUCCUUUUGUUUGUGGAAUUCUUUCAAGUAGGUUCAUCCAUGGGGGGGUUGGAAAUCUUUCUUAAUCCAGAAGGAAAGAGCAUUGUGCAGGGGGUUGUGACUCCUUACGAAACGGGAGCUUUGGAGCUGUAAGCUGGUGCUGCUGGAUUCCACCCCGAGAGGCUCCGAGCAGGAUCAGGCCUGGGGGGCUGCUGGGACAGAGUCCCUUUGGUGGUGAAUUGGGUGGGAAUGUGAGCAGAGACGCCCCUGAGUGUUGGGUCCUCGUGCUGAAACCCAAACUUGAGGAAACAAAGGCUGUUUUUUCUCUCGAACCUCUGGUUUUGACAACUUGGAGAGGGAAGGGAGGUGGGGGCUGGUCUGGCUCCUGCAGUGGGUGGAGCUGGAUCAGUUUGGGACCAGCCUGAGGUGGCUUCUGCCCUCACCCUUCUGCUGUGGCUGUGUAACAGUUGCUUCAGCUUUCGCUUCUGGUCGUCCCUGCUUCCAUCAUCCACAUUCCCCUGAGGUAAAAACCUACUAGAAAUCAAAAAUUCCACAGCACCCACUGUGUUGUUUACUCUGGCACUGAGCUGCUCCCGUUUCCCUGUCCUUUGCUUGGGGAUCCAUGACAAUCUAUUGGGUUUUGGGUAGUGGGAGGUCAUUUCUGUUCUUCAAGGAGCUCUUGAAGUCUCCACAGAGACAGAGCCUUUAAAGGGGUCUGGUUGGAGCUGGGAGGAGUAAGGGAUAAUCCCAGAUCCUGUGAGUUUGAGGAGAGCACCCAGGGGCUCAUCUUUUGAUGCUGGUCUUUGGAGUGAUUGCUGAUAAAAAGUGCUUUAAAAGGCAGGGCUGUCUAGAGGACUGCUCUGAGAAAUAAGAACUGCAGAGAGCUGGUUUUCAUCUCUAUAUUUGGGACAAGAAAGGACAGUGAUCCAUCAGAUGGGGCUGUUUUUAACUGGUCACAGGUGUUGGGCUUUUAAUGGCAACCCGUCUAAGCUUGAAUAUGAGAUCUUAAUCUGCUUUUAAUUGGUUUUGUCCCACCAGCAUCCGCAGAGUCACCCACUGCUGAGAGUGACAGGACAAAGCCUGUGUGGCUGUGACUGUCCCCAACCCCCAGGGGAUUCCCUGGGGGGUGCAGUGCUCUGCACAGGGACACCAGGAGAGAUGGGCUGGGGAUUGUUCUCUGCUGGCUGCCCAGGGAAUCUCAAGUGCUUCAGUGCAGCCCUGGGAGCAGGGCUGGGAUCUGUGCUGGGGCUGCCAGGCCUUCACCUGGCAGGGUGGAUGGAGCCAGAGCACGACCAAAGAGCCUCAGUCAGCACCCCCUGCUCCUGGGGGGCCAUCCCUGAGGGGCUGGAGCUGGGACAACCAGCUGGGAGAUGUGGCCCAUGGAAAAACCUCCUUGGCCAGGCAGUGCCUGAGCUCGUGGUGCUGCUUACCACGGGUGCCAUUCCUCGGGGAAGCACAGGCAGCAGUGGGUUUUCCAUUUGUUUUGGCGUGGCAGCCUCGUGUCUGACAAGCUGUGAGUUUACACCCCCCCUCCCUCCCUCCCUGUCCACCCCAUAGCUCAGACUUGAGUUUAAAAGUUUAAAACUUAAGUUGAAAACUUUUAAGUUUUAAAUUGGUUUUCUCCGGUGGGUUAUCUGGUGGCGUGAAAUCCCCGUCCCUGUGAUAAAUAUUCAGAUGAUAAUAUAUACAAAGCAGAAAAAAAAAAAAGAAGAAAAUAUCCCCAGACAUUAUCUUGUGAAAUAUACUUUUGUAAAUAAUAUUUAAUUUAAAACAAACAAACAAAAAAUAAUAAUAUAUUUGGUGCUGUUUUCUCAGAGCCCCCUCCCUGAGAGCACUUUUCCUGUUGUUUAUAAAUGAUGCCGUUUCCUCCCGGAGUUGUCGGAAAAAACAAAGGGAAACAAAACUCCCAAUCUGCGUCGCCCUCCGAGGCCGCUCCGAUUUCCCUGUGUUUGUGGUGGGAGAGGGGACUCCCCCUGCUCCCCCCUGCACAGCCCAGCAGAGCAGGGGGCAGAUCCAGAGGAUCCAGGCCUGGAAUCUCCCCUGGCACCAGUUUUGGCUGGAGUGAAGCAGAUCUGGAGAGGGGAUUGAACGUGAGCUGCAGCCCCCGAGGCGUUGGAGGCUCGAGGGGCAGCAGGGAGGGAGGGAGGGAGGGGGGAGGUUUUUAACCAGUCCUUGUUUUUAAACUAAACCACAAGUCUCUGGACAUGGAUCCUGGUUUUCUUUCUGAGGUUUAUUUUUAUUUGUUGUUGUUGGUUGUUUUAUGAUUUUUUUUUUUUUUUUUUAAAACCAGGCUGCUACAUAACAAAUUAGAGUAAAAGUUUACCUCUCUGGCAGUAAAGUUCAUUUAUUUUGUUCUCCUUUCUGUCUUUUAUCUCCCCUGUUCUCCCCCCCUUCUUCGUUUUUAAUUCACUGGGUCUCUUGUUUAUCCCAAAGUGGACCAACAGCACAAACCACUGGGCUGUGUUUUGCUGGGCAAGGAGCAGUUUUCAGUGCUCAGUAACUGUUGCAAGCUCUUUAAAAAUCUCUGCUUUUGGUGCACACGAUUUAAAAACACACAGGGAAAAAUAAAAACAACCCAAUCCAAACCAACCGACCCUACGAGCGAAGCCCGUUGUUCUCGUGCCGGUCAAGUGAGAAUUCCCUCGGUGUCUGCACCUUCCUGACUGCUCUGUGAGUGAGUGGCUCACGCAUUUCCACUGCACUGCCUUGUUUUUGGGGAGCAGCGUCGUGUUCUGGCCCUGGGGUGAGGAGGGGACACCACCACCCACCCUGUGGGAUGAGCAGCUUGGAGACAGCCCGAGCUCGGCUCCGUGGGGAGCUCUUCCCAGCAGGUGAGAGGCCUCAGCCGUUCAGUGCUCAGAAACAAUCAGGUUAGACAGGGACAAUCCUUGUUCUGUCGCAGAACCCUCGUUUAGAAAAGGAUGAGCGGAAGAGGGGAAACAAAAAUCAUCCCGAAUUCAGAACAAAAAAUAAAAAAAAAAAAAAUAGAAUAAAUCAGCGUUAUUUAAAAGCAAGCAGAAUGGCAUCGUGUCAGGUACAACCACCGGUGAGCUGUUCCCAUCGUCCCAGCUGUGUGUAUCCUUCGUUUUGUUCUCCAUAAGGAAAUGGGAAUGCUUUCCCCACUGACAAAACUAAGGACGAUAUUUCCAAUACCAGCCUGUCUGUGGAUGCUCUUGUGUUUACAAAUUGUGUACACUUUCAUUUCUUGGAUCUUAUUUUUAAAAAUUUUUUUCUUUUUUUUUUUUUUUUUGGUGUAUCCUUUCAGGUCAUUUGCUUCGGUCAGAAAUGCAAUUGUUUGUUUUCCAAUCGUUGGGUUUCACCUUUUCCUGUGUUUGUACAUUGUAUAUAGUUCUUCAGUAUUAGAGGGAGGCGUAUUGUUUGUCAUAUUUACAAUAUGUGUUGGUGCUCAUUUGAGAAAAUAAAAUUUUCAAGUACUAAA